AAGACUUCCGGAAAACUCGUCAAGAUUCCACUUUUCAAAAACUAACCGACGGUCAAUUCACGACAAUCCCAUUGAGUAACUUCACUUUUCAAUUAGUCAAACACUUUGUACUCCAAGGCGAACUCUGAUUCACACACAUCUCCAUCUCUCCGUUAUUUUCUCCACUCUCAUCUCUUCUGUGAACGAACAAGGAGAUGGAUGAACACGCAAGGGUACAUCCUGAUUGUGUUAAUUCUGCUAAUCCGUACCAUGAAUGUGGUGCAAAUUGUUUAGAAAGAAUUGCCAAAGGCGAAACGCGAAAGGAUAAAAAGAAGUUAGGCUCCAAAAUCCUCGAGGUUUCCCGAUCCUUUGGCAAGAAAAAGAAGGGAUCCUAUUCUGAGCCAACAACCCCAAGACCGCUCAACAAUGUCCCUGUGGAUACUAGGUCACCUCGUUCUCAUUUUUCUAUGAAGAAAGUGGAAUUAGAGAAUGGUGGAUCCUUUUCUUCUUCCGAGCAACAUUCUGAAGAAACUUACUCUCGAAAUCAGUCUUUUGAAAAGGGACCAGUUCAAUCCUCUCGAUUAGUGCCUGCAUCUGAGAAUAUCAUGCCUGCUAGUGCAACCCCAACCAGAGUAAAAGAAGCUGAGAAGAUUCAAGCUUCAUCUCAGGCUGGUCCAGAUCAAAAUGUUGAGGAUGGAAGAGAUGCCACUAAUAGUUCAACCUUUAGUUUCUCAGGCAUUCUCCGAGCUCCAGAAGGCAGUGAUGAGGAAGAGGUCCAGUCUGUAAUCUCAGAUUCAUGUGUGUCGGUUGGAAAAUACCUUGUGCGAUCAAGUGUAUCUUCCACUCUGCAGUCAAUUCUCAACAAGUAUGGGGACAUUGCAGCUAACUGCCAGCUAGAAUCAGCUUCAAUUCGUGCUUAUUACUUAGAGUGCCUGUGCUCCGUGGUUCAAGAGUUGCGCUCUACUUCCUUCCAGCAACUGACAAAAGCAAAACUGAAAGAAAUGUUGGCUGUUCUCAAGGAUGUAGAAUCCGUACAUAUUGAUGUCACCUGGCUGCGUAGCAUACUCAAUGAAUUCUUAGAAGUCAUCGAGCUUGUUACUCAGCGUCACACGAUUGAGACAACAAAAUCCAACCACAAGCGUUCUUUGGAGUCAACAAGGAAAGAACUAGAAUCUCAGUUGGAGGUUUUAGCUCAAAAGGAAAAGGAGGCAGAAGAUGCCAGGGAACGUGUUGCAGAAAUAGAAGCUCGGUUGAGGGUGCUUAAGCUCGAAUGUUCUCAAAUGGACAAGACUAUUUCAUCCAUUAAGUCAACUGUGGAAAAGUUUAAUGGGAAAUCCCUUGUAGAUGAGCUUUUGUAAUGCAUUUGCAAAGCAAAACAUUUCCUCUUGGUAGCUCUUUGUUAUUCUAUGUCUUUUAUUUCAUUUAGGCAUGUAAGUUGAUUAUAUAGGAGCACCAAAUACCUUACUAUAUGCUUGGUUGGCCAGCUUCUUAGAAUAAGAUUGAAGUGGCAAGAAAAUUGCUUCAACCUCAAGUGCUCAUGGGGGUUGUUUAUUUAUGACAUGCAUAAAUGGUUUCAUCUUAU